UCCGCCCGCGAGGCGGUCAGUGGUUCGACACGCUUGGCAUCCUGGGAAUGUUUUCAAGUGAUGCACAGUUAUUUUCGGAAGCGCAGUAUAAAGGCCGAAUGUCGCAGGCGAACUCUGUCGUUGCCGUGUAGUACGGCAAGGGAAAGGCUUAGUUGACAACAAGAGGUCGAAGAAGGGAGCAAAAUGUCUGGAGAGGCCUCACAUGCGACUACCAUUCGUGGAUCGCCGACAAAAUAUGUAAAAUUGAACGUUGGUGGUUCCCUGCAUUACACAACUCUUGGGACUCUUACAAAACACGAUAACAUGUUACGGGCAAUGUUCAGUGGCCGAAUGGAGGUUUUGACCGACAGUGAUGGGUGGAUACUCAUUGAUCGUUGUGGAAAACAUUUUGGAACCAUCCUCAACUUUCUCAGAGAUGGCUCCAUCCCUCUACCUCAAUGUGAAUCAGAACUUAGAGAGCUCUGCACAGAGUCUAAAUACUAUCUAAUUGAACAGUUAGUGAACCAGUGUGAAGCUCUUUUGGCGAAGAAACAACAACAGCAUGACCCAAUUUGCCGAGUUCCACUUAUUACUUCGACCAAAGAAGAAAGACUUCUAGUCAGUACUGCUAGCAAGCCAAUUGUGAAGCUUUCCUAUAACAGGUCCAAUAACAAGUACUCCUACACAGGACAAUCUGAUGACAACUUGCUAAAAAAUAUAGAACUGUUUGACAAACUCUCGUUGCGAUUCAAUGGUCGCAUUCUCUUUAUCAAGGACCUUAUUGGAAACAACGAAAUUUGUUGUUGGACUUACUACGGGAAUGGGAAGAAAAUAGCGGAAGUGUGUUGUACCUCUAUCGUAUAUGCAACCGAAAAGAAGCAAACAAAAGUUGAGUUUCCAGAAGCGAGGAUUUACGAAGAGACAUUAAAUGCGUUGUUGUAUGAGAAUAGAAUGGAUGCUAAGCUACCAGACGCGGAGCUGCUGCAUGCUACAAGAGGAGCAGUGGGGGCCAGGGUCAUCCAUGAUUCAGAAGAGGAACCUAUGAGAAGGCAUCGUGCCGGGGACUCAUAACUCCACAUAAAGCCAAAUCUAUUUUUUUUCUGGGGCAGUGGCGUGGCUAGGGGGUAGUUAGGGGUGCAUCACUAUCCUUUCCCCCUUCAAAAGGAUUUCAAAAUCCUAAAGAGAAGGAAGAUACCUGUUUCAUUUGGGGUUACACUUAGUUUUUUUGAAGUUAUUUCCUUGAGCAUCCCCCUGGGUACGCCUCAGUGAACCAUUAAUAUAAACCUGAUUCCUCUAGACUUUUUUUGAUGCUUGUAGAUAAUAUGUAGAUACAAGAGGCAGAUUAUAAUUUAUUGUAUUGACUGGUUGCUACACCAUGAAAUUAUCGUUAAGGUUUUUGCAAUACUGCGGUACCAGAUAAAGAAAAAAAUAUUUUUUUUAAAAAUGAAGAUUUAAAUAUUACCAUUAAAUGUCAACCAUAAAUAGUCAGUAAUUACAUGAA